CAGGGGAGGGAGCGGCCGGGGCUCGGAGGGGAGGCAGGGGCACAGGUUGAGACGGGCCCCCCGCGCCGGGCAUCCUGGAGCUUGGAGGGGCGGGAAGGGACCAUGCAGCUGGGCACCUCGCCUCCCUCCCCGGGCAUUUGCAGAAGUGGGGAUCGGCACCGCGAGCGAUAAAUGAUUCUCCCCAGGACUCUCCUUUGUGCUGUUCUGCUGCUGCUCGUAUCGGUGCUGAGCAAGGGCAAGGCAAAGUGCAGCAUUGUGGAAAUCCUGCGGCAGUACCAAGCCGUGAUCUUCGAUGAGCUCCAGAACCUGAAAAACUUGACGGGAUCUGCUGGAACCCCAAGGAGGGGGAGAGCUGGCCUAGCCUGCCUCUCUAACAAGGAGCAGAAAAUCCUGCUGUCUAUCUCCACCAUGAGCAUGUCUCUCAGGGACAUGGUAAGAGGCCCACAGAGGCAUCCUGAAGUGAUGGCUGUGAUGCAGGUGGUCAGCAACACGGAGUCUGUGACCAAACAGAACUGCAAGAAAAUCUACAAGAAGAGUCUGUCAACAGCUACAGAGAAACCGCGACACAGAGGCCAGGGCAACAGGAGAAAGCAGCUGAAGGAGAUAGCGCGAACGGUGGAAAACUUGGUCACCUGCUGGGAGAAGCUGUUCUCUCUGCACUCAAAGGACUGGGACACAUAGGGUCAGUAGGAAGCCAUGUAUGGUGCUCUCCCCAUGGGUGCUGAGCACCUGGGAUUGUACCACCACCUCCAUACUAGCCAGUAAGCAACACUGAUUUCAUGGAAACUCCUUGCCUUCUGAUUUCUUGGUUCUGCCGUUGGGUGAAGCAGGCAGUGCUGGGGCUUGCUUUCCAUUGCAUCCCAUCCUUCUCUGUGGGGAUUGGAGAGGGACUUCUCUUGUGUUCAUGGCCCACUCUACUACUCUUCCAGGUAGCAAAUACUGAGGGUCAGAUACAGUCCUGAAAUCAACUGAGUGGCAUCGACAGAAUUUGCUCCUUUGUUCUGAAUAACACUUUGUGGGACAUUUCCACAGUGGAGGUCUCGGCUCCGACGGGUCUGUACGUUAGGAAUUUGGAAGGACAGGGCAGUGAAAGAAGAGGGUAAUAGGGUAAGAAGAGGCUCCCGGAUCAUGAAAAUGCUUCUUGUCUGCUAGGAAAUCUCUCGCACUGUGUAACGCUGACGGACCCUGAUUGGUGGGAUUGAAGCUGGCACCCCUCUGGAGCUUAGUCCAUGAGCCUCUACUGCAUGAGCUAAAAGCCCACUGGCUAUUAGCUAAGGCUGUGGAGCAGACUCAUUUUAUCUCUUUCUUUAAGUGGUCUUGGUACCACUAGAUGGGACAGAACACCACACCCAGGAGGUGUGUGGGUUACAACUGCACCACCUGAUCAUGUCUGCUGCUUUCCCAGGACUGUUCAUUGACAUGCAAUAUUGGCUUCCUAUCCCAGCAGGUGCUGGAAAGAAAGCCAUCUAGCUCCCGAAAGGCUGGGCAUGGUAGCCAUAGUGGCAAGUAGUCUAGGAAAUCUUAGAUCCCCUGAUAUUCCAUGGGUUUGAACUAGCUCUCUCUCCCUCGUUCUUUCAACCUGAGCUCAACAGGCUGGUCGGAGAAUGAAAUGGACUUUCUACAGCUGCUACCAUCUCCUGGAAAAACCAGGAAGAAUAGGCAAUUGAGAACCACUUAUAUCUCCUCUUGGGGCCGGGUUUCUCUUCGCGUCAUUCUUUGUGAUGGACACUUGCAAGAGGGCAAGGGAAAGCCAAAGGGCUGUCGGAGGUGGGGUUAGUGACUCAGUAAGUGGUGCUCUUCCCUCCGGGUCAGGGCUGAACGGUCGUUGCCUCAUGGUGCUAAGGGGAAGGCUGUGCUGCGGAGAUGUAAAACCAGCCUUUAGUUGCUCAUCAUUUAUGUUGUUGUAACUACUGUCCUCUUCCUGCCAGCAAAACAAAUCCCCUGCUUCUAGAAGAGAGGCACCAGACCUCACCCUUUCAUCCGUUAUAGAAAACCAGUUGUUGCUGGUAGGGCUCCAGGCCUUGAGGCAAUGCUGCUCCCAUUCGCUUCACCAGAGGGCCCGACUUGCUGUGAAUUCAUGCUGAGCCAUGCAGUAGGACAUUCAGGGACACCCUAGCCAGUGGCUGCUGAGAGCAGUCUUGUAUCUAUAUGAGGUGGCAUUGGGUCUUGGCUCCUGCUUGCAAUGCUAGAGGGCGGUGGUUCAAAUCCCCCUGUGGCCGUGGCAGGUGGAGUGAAAAGUGUUUGAUCACAGUAGUUCCUUUUGGCCUUGGAAUCUAUGAAUCUCCUUCUCUCUGCUCUUCAUGGGACAAUGCCAUUGUUGUACUCUGCAUCCUUAGUGGUGGCAACCAAGCCCCUACAUAUACAGGUGGCUGUUGGCCAAGAUAUCUACUUGGUUAGAAAUGCAACACCAAGGGCCAAAUUCUUUGCUGGAGUUAGGGAGUGCCACUCCAUUGCUGUCAGUGGCGAGUCUGAGUUCAGGAGGAGCUGCUCUGAGAUUCACUGAGCACCUGCAGCUCUUCGAGAAGCACUCAGCCAGCCUCAUGCAGUCAAGUGACCGUCACAGGUGGUGAGUAGAGAUCGUAAAGAAACAUCCUUUUACUUACUGGCUGCCUGACAUUUCAACAUGAGCCUGCCCGAAGGAGCAGCGUUGGAAAGGAACGUGUUUUCCAUGCACCAAAACAAAAACCUCUGCAAAAAUCCUUCAAAUCCAUGAAAUGCAUAAAUCCUCAGUGUAUCCAAUGUUGAAAUGCCAUAAUGGUGAUCAUUAAAAAAAAAAACCCCAGGUGGUGGGGGAUUGGAUAGUUUGUUUCAUGAAUAACAAAUUUUCUCUUACCAACACAUUCUGCCUUCUUUCAGUUCUUGCGUGUGAAUGCCCCAUUGUUUGCAGCUUCUCAGAAGCUUGAAAAUAAAACUUCUUCCCUUA